CUCGUUUUUUCGUUUCUCCCUUCAGUCCCGCCAUGUUCGUCUCACUGCGGGCCUUUGCAGCUGUUGCUGCCUUGAUUUCCCAGGUUGCCGCCAUCCCCAAGGUCACCCGCACAGGUCGUUACCUGUACCAGGAGGAUGGCACUCGUUUCUACAUCAAGGGUAUUGGAUACCAAGUUCAAGGCGAGGUUCACGAAUCCGACGACAACCACUUUGGCGAACCAGGCACCUUUGAAGAUCCCCUGGCUGACCCUGAUGCCUGUCGCCGUGACCUGCCCCUCCUUACCGACGCUGGUGUCAACACUCUUCGCGUCUACAGUGUCAAUUCCUCUCUCAACCAUGAUGAGUGCAUGGAAAUGUUCAGCGAGGCUGGCAUCUACACCAUUAUCGACUUGUCCAUUCCCCUUAAUGGCUCCAUCGACCGACUCGCUCCUUCAUGGUCGACCAAUCUCCUCAAUCUGUACAUUCGAACCAUCGACGCCUUCGAGAAAUACGACAAUGUCAUUGCUUAUAACGUCGGCAAUGAAGUCGUCUUGACUGACAGCACAGAAGUUGCCCCAUACGUCAAGGCUGCCGCGCGCGACACCAAGGCCUAUCUUAAAUCCAUCGGUUCGGAAGCCCUCGUUGGCUAUGCUGCCAUCAACGGUCCCUCUGGUUUCCGCAAAGCUUUGGCCGACUACCUCUCCUGUGGCUCUGAAGAGACCGCCAUCGAUCUUUACGGCCUCAACGAAUACACUUGGUGCGGAGACUCCUCGCUCACGAGUUCUGGCUAUGCCUCGGUUACUUCCCAGUUCGCCGAUUACAACGUGGUCGCCUACUUUAGUGAAUACGGAUGCAUCGACAGGCCUCCUCGUCUCUGGACCGAGGUAGACGCCCUCUUCAGCUCUGAUAUGUCCGAUGUGUGGUCAGGAGGCAUCGCCUUCAGCUACUUCCCUGCCCAAAGUGCCGCAGGCCAGUUUGGAUUGGUUACCGUCUCCGAUGACGGGUCGACAGUUACCGUUAGCGAGGAAUUCCAGAACCUUGCCGACCACUACUCCGCCGUCACUGGUCCCAACUCCCCUUCCAGAAAUUCCGUUCCCGCCUCCACUUACCCUGCCUGCGCUGCAUCCGUCGCUGGCUUCGACGCUUCCAACACUCUACCCGCCACUCCCAAUGAGAGCGCUUGCAAUUGCUUGCAGAGUGCCCUUAGCUGCCAGUUCACCCCUCCUAUUGCUGACUACAGCGAUAUCAAUGGUGAACUCCUCAACAUCGGCUGCUCCCUUCUCGGCGAGAGCGGCGGAUCCUGUGACGAGAUCGGCGGAAGUGGCGCCACCGGCAUUUACGGACGUCUCUCCGGAUGCGACCCUGUCGUCAAACUCUCGUACGUCAUGAGCCAGUUCUAUGAAGGUGAAGGCCGGGACGCUCGUGCCUGCAGCUUCAGCGGCAACGGAACCGUGAACGCCGCCGCUUCGUCCACCGAGAGCGCCGAGGCACUCGCUAGCUCUUGCAUUGCCAACCCCGAUGCCACCUUUGCUCCCUCCGCUCCCGCCACCGACAGUGGCCCUGCUUCCGGCACACCUACUAGAGGAAGUGGUAACAACAACGAUGGUGAUGCUGGUAGUGCCGCCUCCCUCGACGUCUCCGCCCUCGUUGGCGUAAGUUCGAUGGCUGUCGUUGGCGUAUUGAGCGGUAUUUGGGCCUUGGUGUAAAAACCUCUUCUUGCCUUGAACUCUAUUUACGAUUUACGGACACUGAUAUGAUACCUUAUAUUCCUUUAACUUUGUGCUGCACAGUUCAACUAGUCGCUCUUUUACCCACCCUGGACUUUUGCUUCUUGUAGGUUGUGUAGUUAUUAUUUUUGGUACUGACAAUGCACGGACCCUUGGGCCUU